GUUUUUCGUAGUUGACCAGAAACGGUCAAGUACAGUUAGUUGCAAUUAUAAAUAUAUUUAUUUAUGCUAAACAUUUGCAUAAAGUGCUAAAAGUUCUACCAAAGGUUUACCUAAGAGAACUAAAAAAAAAUGAAUGAUGUAGACGAGAUUAUUUUGGACUUUGAUGGCAACGUCGACUUCAGUCUUUCUGAAGAUCCUCAAGCUACUAACUCUAACUUAGCGGAAGGAGACAGUCUGUUUAGUCUUGAAUCUGAUAUGAACUAUGCAACCACCGAACAAUUAACUGAAGAGAAAUUCAGCACAGAAGGGAAAAACGAAGAUUCCGAAUUAACUGAUAACCAGUUAUCUGAAAAUAUAGAUGUGGAUAAUAAUUCAACCUUAUCACAACAAAAAGAUCAAGACGAACUUAAGUUCGAUGAUUUUGAUUUGGAUCUUAAUGAUUAUAGUGGAAAUGUCGAUGAUGUGCCUAUAGAAGAUGAUGAAUUUUGGAAAGAAUUAGGGUUAGACCCACCAAAUGAGUCGGAAAAGGAGGAAAAGUUCGAUGAGAAAUCUGAGACUCCAAAUAAUUUUGAUACAGACAAUACAAAUAUUAAUCCAAAAGAAAACACUCCAAAAAGGUUAAUAUCAUCACAAUCAGACGAUAUUAAAAUUAAUAAUAUUUCUAGCAAUAAAUCUGUCAAAAGGACUUCAAAAUCUCCUGAAAAAGAAGAUGGCGAAAUUUUCAACGCUUCAACGUCUGCCGAUAGACAAGUACAACAAUCACAGAAACAAAAAUUAUCGCAAUCACAGCAACAAGUACAAACACAGCGACAAGCUCAAACGCAACGAACACAGACUCAGCGUCAACAGCAACAGAAUAAUCUUCAACAACAACAAAAUUUACAAAAUUAUAGAGGGCGAGGUGGUCGAAGAAAUAACGAUUGGCGUCCAAUUAAUAAUAACAAUACAUUUUUAAAUAGUGGCAUGUCGUCUUUUCGUCCAGGAUUCGGCCCAGGAUUAGAAGGAAUGCCUGGUAUGCAAAUGGGACAAAUGCCUUUAAACAAUCCACACAUGUUACCUAUACCACACGGAAUGAUUGGGCCGAAUAUACAUGUUAAUCCAAAUUUCGCCAGAUUACGACCACACACAUUAUUUGGGAAUCCUAUGAGCCAGUAUCCUAUAGGGUCCGGUGGACCUCCAAUGAACAUGAUGCCAUAUCAAGGACAAAUGGAUAUGCAUCCAUAUCAUCCUUCUAUAACACCUAUGGGUAGUGGACGUGGUAACAAUAAUUCGUAUGGGGGAAGAGGUGGUAGUCCAGGCUUUAAUCAUAAUUCAAUUUCACCACGAAGACCAGCAAAUCAGCAAAAUAAUAACCAAUCUCAAAGGCCUAUGCAACCUUCUCCAAAACGCAAGGUUCCAAAUGACGGAUUUGAACAAAAAGAACCUGAUAGUAAAAAGAUUUCAGUUACAAACGGUAAAUCUCCUGUUCCAGACGCAAAAUCAGUAUCAGCUUUACAAAAAAAUGUUGAAAAAAGUAAAGCUGUUGCUUCACCUGCGACAAAGAAUUCCACUAGUCCUGCUGUCAAAGCUUCUAAUUCCAAACAAGGAAUUUCUACAGCAAAUACCAACAAGACAUCUUCGGCAGCUACAAAAAAUAAAAUUGCCCCAGCAUCUAGUAAUGCUACUAGUUCUACUUCGGUAAAACAAACACCUAAACCCGUGCAAAAACCUACACCAAAAAACACUGCUAGAAAUGCACCAGCGAAAGCUGACGCUGCAUCUACACCAACAUCUAAAUCUACCACUAAAACUGAUAGUGCACCUUCAUCUGGAGGUAACAAAUUGACGAUUAGAAAUGUUGUUAAGAAUGUGACUAGGCGCGAUAUCCAGGAAUUGGCUAAUAAAGUUCCUAUUGGAUUUUCGGCAAUUACGUUCGAUCGUUCGGCCCAAACCGCAGAAGUAGAAUUCGAAACUCCCGAAGGAGCGAAGAUGUUCAGAAGAAUGCAUAACAGGAGCCUUCUCCAUGGAUCCAACAUUGUCAUAAACUUCUCUUGAUCUCGUUCGAGCUUUUGGAGGUAUCUUGAACUCUUUUUUGUAGGUGCCUUCUUGUCGACAUUGUGGUUAUUUUGUUGCUGCAAAGGAGGGAUUUUUAUUACCAUAUUUGUACUUUUUUUCCAAAUUUAACUAUUAUCACUAUUAUCAUUUUUUAUAAUAUUUUUUUUUCUCUGUUGGAAUGGGAUAUUGUUUAAUAUAUGAACUUUUCAGAUGUUGAUAAAAUGGUAUUCGUUUUCAUAUUUUAUU